AUGAAGGCUCGUAACGUACGUAACGUGAUGGACUUGUUUGAACCUGCCAUGAUCGUAGCCAGAUCACCCGAAAUCACGACUGGUCAAGUAGUCCAACCGUCUCAUGCUAGACUUGUAAAGCUAACUUCAACCGAUCUUCAAGCGGCAACCAAUUAUUACAACCCAGCAGCCGCGGCAGCAGCAGCUGCUAUGAAUCCCAUGAUGACAACUGGCCUCCUAUCUAAUUUUGCAAUGCCCGCAGCUAUGGCCGCGGCCGCAUCGCCUACUGGAUUGGGCGGCCUAAUGCAAACCCCAGGAACUGCGCUAACAGCCACACCCAGUACAGACGCCCGACUUCCGCACCAGCUAUCAUUGACCCCGAUGAACAGUGGAAAUUUGCUGGUCAACUACUCAUCCUCGGCUGGUAGUAACCAAAUGGCCGCGCUGGCAGCUGCAGCUGCAGCCGGCGGAUCGCAGCUUUCCCCUUCAACUCUGGCUUUGCUGAUGUCAGCCUAUGGACAAGGAGCUGCCGCAGUCACACUGGGCACUGCAGUGAAUGGGAAUCCAUAUUUGGGUUUGCAGGCUUCUGCGCAUCCGGGGUUGGCUAAUCUAUCCGGAUCAAGUCUGCUCACUCUUAGCCCGUCCACACCGAACACUUUACCCCUGACUGGAUACACACCUAGCCAUACCACAAUGAUGGGCAACGGCCUCGCACAGCGUAAUUUGGGCACAGAUGUCACAAACGCUACCGAUUUGAACGCGUUUUCCACGGCGAUGGCCUAUCAGCGCCUACUGGGCUAUCCUUUAGUCCAAUCCCCUCUUUUGUCUAAUCCGACUGGGGCAACAGUGAACGGUAAUUUCAACAAUUGUACUACACUCACCUUCGGGUACAAUGCAACACUUGCAAAUCAUCUGAAUUAG